AUGGACUUCCAACCUCCCCGAGAGGCCCCUUGGUUCGAUGUCGGUCAAACACUGGAACUAUUUCCCCAUCUCAAUCUAGCUGAACCUUGGGGCGGCGCCUACCCCGUUCCUAAAUGGUCUGAGAUGAAGAACAUUGCCGCAUACCCGCGCGGCUUCAACCCGGACGCGGAAGUCGACAAAGCGGUCAUCUGCAAGGCGAAGAUUGUCAGGCAUCUUCGGGUCGGCCUGGGCCGUGGUCCGCAGGUGCUGCUCUGCAAAGCCACCCAGUAUCCGCAAACCCUCGCACAGUCGCAGAUGCCGUUUCCGCCGUCCGACGCGAAGGAACAUCUUGCUGACCAUUUCGUCCUGAAGGUUUCGGACAGGGGCCUGUUUCCCGGCGGGGGAGGUAUCCCACCCGGGAACAACUGGGAGCUGGCGGACCAGGACCACAGCAGAGACUCGUCUGCGCUGAGGUACCUCUACCAGAAGCAUUUGGAACGCGGGGGUAUUAUGGGAUAUCCGUAUCAUGUGCCGUCCUACUUUGGCACGUGGGUCGUCAAGCUUCCCUACGAGAACAAGGCCGGUGAGCAGAAGAUGCGAUAUGUUGGCGCCGUCGCCAUGGAGUUCAUCCGCGGGGUUUCCAUCGAUGAUCUCUGCAAGGGCGUGCUUAUCAAGAACCGUAACAUCAACCUCAAAUCAGACGACGAUGGGUAUGAAUCUUUCUUCGACACCGCUUGUCUUAUUCCGAGAAACGACCCAGGUCUUUUCCGAGGACCGGAAUUCGCUGGUCUGGUAAUCGACGCAGAAGAUGAGGCUUUCAGGUUGAUGGUGCUCAAGGGUGUGCUAGAUGGUGUUGUCAAGACCUUGCAUGCCGGUGUGCAGUACAACGACCUGAGCCCCCAAAACACGUUCGUAACGAUUGUUGACGACAGCAAUUCUGAGGCUGCUGUGCCCCGAGUUGUGUUUCUCGACUACUUCAGCUUUGAAAUCUACGAGAAUACCAAGUACGCGAAAGACCCGGAAUGGCCUGACGUACACCCGCUCGCCGAGGAACCGCGCCCAGUCCAUCCGUUCGAGAGGUGCUGCAUCAUCCCGCUGUCCAAGUUCUCCGGCUGGUACCCGCCGCUCUGGGACAAGCAUCCGUUGCUGUUUGACUGCUGGCUUGGAAAGAUGUUUGGCAAGGUUGAGGAAGGGUCCUACUAUAUCUUCAGUGACCGAGGCGACGAAUCGGAUCGCUCGUUGAGAAAGCUUCAAACGGAUGAGGAUGAGGAUGAGGAUGAGGAUGAGGAUGAGGAUGAGGAUGAGGAUGAGGAUGAGGAUGAGGAUGAGGAUGAGGACGAGGAUGAGGACGAGGAUGAGGACGAGGAUGAGGACGAGGAUGAGGACGACUAUAACAAUGAUUAUAAUAGAAGCGAUGAGGACGACUUCUUGCUUUCUCACCGGCUCUUUGCCUCCUCGAACAGAAACCGAGUCUUCCCUGACGCCACCGAGCCCCCAAUUCUUCUCUUCUGCUACAGCAGCUGUUUUAUCCUGCCCCUUCUGAACUUCGACCCGGACGCAGGUGUCGACAAGGAAACCAUCGCCCAUGUUAAAAUCAUCAAGCAUCUUUCGAACGAUACGAAGGGUUUUUACCAAGUGUUGCUGUGCAAGAUGACAAAGUACCCGCGAUCCCUUGUGCAGCCACAAAUGCCGUUCCCGCGUUUAGAUCCCGAAACAAAGACGAAGGACUCGGUUGAUUACUUUGUCGUCAAGGUCUCGAAUGGACUCGUAUUCCCCGGCGGACCCGGGGACCCUCCCUACGGUAAUUGGCAACUUGCUGAGCAUUUUUACGCUCGCGAAUCGACUGCCUUGAGGCUUCACUACGAGAAGCAUCUGGUGCGUGGAAAUAUCAUGGGCUCUCCUUACCAUGUACCAUCUUACUACGGCACAUGGGUUGUCAAGGUCCCCUAUGUGAAUGAAGAAGACAAAAAUGCCCCGAAGAUCCGAUACGCCGGCGCCAUUGCCGUGGAGUACAUUCGAGGGCUCUCUAUCAAGAACCUUUGUAUUUCGAACGAUCCAGAGGAUCCCGUGCUCGUGCCGAAGGAUUACGAUGUGAGACCCGAAUACCGGUCAGAUCUAGGUUCAAUGAAUCCUCAGGACGAGACUUUUCGAUUGGACGUUCUCAAGCUUUGGUUGGACGGGGUCGUCAAGUCUCUGCAUGUCGGUGUACAACUCCACAAUCUGAGUCCUCGGAACAUCCUGGUGACAGUCCUUGACCUGAACGGGUCACCGAUCCCUACUAUAGUGGUUCUCGCCGAUUACUCCUGUAGCGAGAUCUACGAGAAGAAUAAUCCAUGGCUGUGUGAGCACUGGCUUGGCUGGGUCUUCGGCAAGAUCGAAGACAGCUCCAAGUACUCUGUCUUCAGGAUGUCCACAAACGACUAUCUGGCCUUCGGCACGAUCGAAGUCAAUUCCGAGUACCCUGCCUUCAGGAUGUUCAUGGACAACAAUUACCGGAGAGUUCGUGAGCUCAGGAAGAUGGUAGCGGACCUAGCGGCUGAAAGUCGAAGCUCGCAGCCCGAGCCCUCGUAUGGCGAAGGAUGCGAGAAUGCCAUCGAAGAGCUGCGAGGCCAGAAGGCAGACGAGUGGGUUGUGUGCAACGUGGAGACGGUCAACGGCGCCGCACCCCCCUCGUGGCGCACUAUCUAUGGCGACUUGGAAUCUGGAGGAAUUGUACGUUGCGUGAAGUUCCUCCCUCCAAAGCGCCAGAGAAGUGAGGAUGAGAAUGCCUCGGAAGAGGAAACUUCUAGCCCCAAAAGGCAGAAGCAGUGA